AUGAAUUUAAUUAACCGUUUCUUUUUUAAAUUUAAUCUACCUGAAGAUACACGUCUCGUCUUGUGUGACAUACUACAUGACAUACACAGUGAUCCUACCUCGUCCUUGCUGUCCAUACUGAAGAAAUUUAAUGGAACACGCAAUCACUUGACCAAGCCUGAAGGGAAAGAAGAAGCACGUGACUACAUUAGAAAAGCGUUCAAGAAAUAUGGCUUACAGGUCUGGACGGAGCGGGCAAAGAUUGGAGACGUAAGUAUGGCUGAUUCUUAGAAUUCUUAGUCUUUGUAUGAACCAAUGGAUCCGGAUGAACUUGAGAACAUAAUUUAAAAUGUUUGCAUUUCUUCUCACCAUAGAGGUUAUAUGCUGAGAAUAUAGUGGGUAUGAUUUCCUCAAACAGAACAGGAACCGCUGGUGAUCAGAUAGUGAUAGUGGGCGCACAUUAUGAUACAACCAUGAAUACUACGGGAGUUGAUGAUAAUGGUUCUGGUGUCACUGCAUUACUUCAAGCUGCGAAAAAUAUUGGUGAGCAAUAACAUGUGUAUAAUGCAGUAUUCAUAUGCCGAUAUGGCUGCCAUUUUAAUUUAUAUACUCGUCUACAUGAAAAAUAGGGACCUAUAUAUAGGACGAUAAUGCGACGAUGAUGGCCAACACAGGCUCCUUCAAAUAUGUAAUUUUAAAAUUUUAGUAUAAAAUUUGUAAAAUUUUGUUGUUUGUAUUUUUGUCGUUCUCGCAGGAAAAGCAAGAUGUGAAGUAAGGAACACUAUAUUAUUUGUUGCAUUUGAUUUUGAAGAAAACACUGCUGGGUGCAACGUAGCGCGUGGGUUAUGUGGUAGCAAUCGUUAUGUGAAAAACAUCACCAGCUACCUUGCCAAAACAGGGGGCACAAUAAGUGGUGCGAUUAUAUUAGAAACAAUGCUCAAUCAUAAUACUUCAGCAGGUAUGUGCUCUAAGUUGUGA